CCCCUAUCCAGUCGUUUUGCAAAAAUGUAUUUUGACCAAAAUCAAAAUAGAAUUAGACCAUAUAUGAAACCAAACGAAAACUCAAAAUGGUUGGAGGUCGCAUCGCUUUCACUUCCGAUGGGGGUCACGUGGCCAAUAUUCAAGCUGUGCCAAAAAUCUGAACCAGAAGUGCACGCACACCCUUUUUGCAAUUCUGCAACGGCCUUUUUGCGUCAUACCCGUCUGUUAAAUCCCUCAUAGGUCCAUCUUCUCUCUCUCUCUCUCUCUUUCUUUUUUUUGCUUGCUCCUUUUAAUGUGUUCUUAAAACUACGUGGGUUUGAGACAAAUUCCUCGUCUCUUACUGGUGGGAUUGACCUCCCAAAGGGACGUUGGGAUUGGUCAAUAUUCUCUGUAUCCAAGCAGAGUUUGAAGUUUCAAUCAAAAUCGCAUCUGGGUCAUUGAAAUUUUACUUCUUUUUUUUUUUUUUUUAUAUGGACCUACAAUUGGUUAAAGAGGGCAUUGAUUUUGCCCGGAAAAGAAAGAAUUGGGUGUUUGCUCUGGCCGCUUUGGGCUUCACUGGUUACGGUUUCUAUAAGGUUUAUCACUUGCCUUCCGUAGCUCGGAAAAGAAAAAGAAUUUUCAACUUGUUGGGCGUUUUAAUUUCUAUAGCCGAAGCAGCCUCAGACUCUGCGGAGUCAAUUGGGAUUGUUUCCAAAGAUUUGAAGGAGUUUCUGCAGUCUGACUCCGACCAAAUUCCAACUAGUUUGAGACAGAUUUCGAAAAUCACAAGGUCGGAUGAGUUCUCGGAGUCAUUGAUCAGGGUCACACAAGCCGUAACCUCGGGAAUGUUGCGGGGUCAUCAAUCAGAGACGAGGAGUGAUGGUAGAAAUGAAAGUUCUACCACCAAUUCGAGCUUUGCAGACCGGGUUAUGGACAAGCUCUUGACUACAGCAGGGUCUGGUUUUGCUUCUGUUGUAGUUGGAAGCUUUGCUAAGAACUUGGUUUUGGCUUUCUAUUCAGAUGGGCUAUCAAGUGGGGGAUCAACCUCUAACCAUUCAUCAAAAACAGACCAAAUUGAUUCAGAAAUGAAUGGUGUUCCGGAUUGGGUUAAUGUGGUCUGUGCUGAUAAGUGCAGAGAACUGAUUGGUAAUUGCAUCCAAUUGUUUGUGAGCACAGCAGUUGCUGUUUAUCUAGACAAGACUAUGGAUAUAAACACCUAUGAUGAGCUCUUCUCUGGGUUGACUAACCCCAAGCACGAAAUGAAAGUGAGGGACAUGAUGGUAUCGAUAUGUAAUAAUGCCGUCGAAACUCUUGUCAAAACAUCCCACCAAGUAUUAACAGGUCCAACAUCAAAUGAAAGCCCUUCGAAUGUGAAUUCUAAUUCUUAUUUGGUCAUUACGGAUGGCCCAAACCAAACUGAAAUGGAGGACUUGAGGUAUGAAGAGCCGUCUACCGGAUCGGAAGCAACGAACGACUGCGAAGAGAAGAAUGAAAGUGGGUGGGUUAGUAAAGUGUCCUCAACUUUGGCUGUGCCAAGCAAUAGGCGGUUAGUGCUUGAUGUCACAGGAAGGGUUACAUUCGAAACGGUUAGGUCGUUCCUAGAGUUUUUGGUGGAGAAACUAUAUGAGGGUGUGAAAAGAUUCUGUAAUAUUGUUCAUGAGGCUGUUGUUGACAAGGGCCUUGAGAUUGUGAGAUAUGCUGCUGCGAAGUCCUCUGUUGUAGCUGCUAUAUGUCUGUCUCUGUGUUUGCAUAUAUUAGGUGGUGCAUGGGUGUUGGUGCCUGCUUAACUUGUUCAGUGUAUUCUAAUUUAGUAGUCCCAUGGUUUAGACACCCUAAAUUGUUUGCUUACCACUUCUUUGGGAGUCCAUAUUUGGCUGAUCUCAUUGUAUAUAAUUGUUCAAAUCACCAAAUUCUGUUAGAAUUUAAAACCUUAAAUGAAAUGUUUCUCAAUCUAUGAAAUUGAAAGCUUUUGCCA